UCCCGGCCGGUUACCCCCGCAGAGUCCGAUGGCGGCGGCUGCGCAGAGGGACCCGGUUCAGGACUCUGGGAGCCAUGGAAGGUUGUGAGCAGAAGAGGCACAUGGUCUGAGUUAGACUUUUCAAAGUUUUGCAAAAACCGCUGCGAGUUAGAACAGCCUGGAAAGGAGAUGAUAACAUUGAGGAACAGGAAGGUUGACUCCUUGUGCAACAACCCACAGCAGAUCUCCAUGGCUACAGAAGCUCUUAUGGACUGUGCAGAGGGCUGUGUGACCUUCAAGGAUGUGUCAAUUUACUUCUCCCAGGAGGAGUGGGAGCUCCUUGAUGAGUCUCAGAGGCACCUGUACCUUGAAGUGAUGUUGGAGAACUCUGCACUUAUAACCUCACUGGCUUAUUGGCAUGGAAUGGAGGAUGAAGAGAUAUCUUCUACACAGAGUGUUUCUGUAGGAAAAACGUCCCAGGUCAGAACUCCAAGGGCAUGUCUGUCUCCCCAGAAGACUCACCCCUGUGAGAUAUGUGUCCCAAUCCUGAAAGACAUUUUGCAUCUGGGUGAUCUACGUGGGCAGAAACCAUACUUUGUUAGGGCAUGCGAAAUCCUUCACCACAAUCAGAAGUAUCACAAUGCAGAGAACUCAUUAAAAAGAGAUCUGAACAGGGCCUCCUUUGCGAAGAACAACCUAUCCCAUGUGUCAGAGAAUCCCUUCCUUUGUAGGAAGAUUGGAAAGGUCUUCCCGGCACAGUGGAGACUUCUCCAGCCUCAAUCCAUUCCUAAAGGUGAGAAACCAAACAAAAUCACCAAAUAUGAGGAGGCUUUUUACUGUGGAAAGCGGCAUUACAAGUUGGGUGAAUGCAGAAAAACUUCCAGCCACAAGCAUACUCUUGUUCAGCACCCAAGAAUCUGUACUGGAAAAACGGUUUAUGAGUCUAGUAAAUGUGGUGAAACCUUCCGUGACAAGUACUCACUUGUUCAACACUGCAGAAUUCACAGUGGAGAAAGGCCUUAUGAGUGUAGGGAAUGUGGAAAGGCCUUUGGGUGCAAAUCCAACCUUGUUCGGCACCAGAGAACUCACACGGGAGAAAGGCCAUAUGAGUGUGGCAAAUGUGGGAAAUUCUUUAGACAAAGCUUCAGCCUUGUUGAACACCAGAGAAUUCACACUACAGCAAGGCCUUAUGAGUGUAGCCAGUGUGAAAAAUCCUUUAGUCAGAAAGCUACCCUCAUUAUACAUCAGAGAGUUCACACUGGAGAAAGGCCAUAUAAGUGUGGGGACUGUGGGAAAUCCUUUAGUCAAAGCUCCAACCUUAUUGAACAUUGCAGAAUUCACACUGGAGAAAGGCCUUAUGAAUGUGGAGAAUGUGGGAAAUCUUUUAGUCAAAGAGCCACCCUUAUUAGACACCAGAGAAUUCACACUGGUGAAAGACCUUAUAAAUGUGGUGAAUGUGGAAAGUCUUUUAGUCGAAGCACCAGCCUUAUUCAACACUGUAGAAUUCAUACUGGAGAAAGGCCAUAUGAAUGUGGCCAGUGUGGGAAAUCGUUUAGGCAAAAGUCUGUCCUCAUUCAACAUCAGGUAGUUCACACUGGAGAAAAGCCCUAUGAAUGCAUCAAAUGUGGGAAAUCUUUUAGCCAACGCUCUAGCUUCUUUCAACACCAAAAAUGUCAUAACAUGUAGAGCCUCAUGAAGGCAGCAAAUAUGAGAAGUCCAAGGUUCAACUUGUUUAGAAC